AUGGAUUGGCCAAAGUUUGGGGAACUCUACGUCUUUAAAAUAUUGUCUGAGGUUCUCAGCAGUAUAAACAAGGUUGAAACUCUUGCUCUAAACAGAGAGACCACCAUGGUUAUAUUCUUUCCCAGCAUGGCAAUAGGGAAUUGUCAGUCUGAAACUUUGUAUAGUACUUUGACAGAUCAAGCUGUCUUCUGUGGAGAUUUCAUGCCACUGCUAUUAGAGAAUGUUUGUUAUUUGUCUAUUCAUGUUGGAAGCUUUUGUGAUAUGCUAGUCCCAGGAAUGGUCUCCACUUUUCAAGGAAUGUGUAAUUUGAGUACUUUGGAAAUAAUGUCUGACCCAGAAUUCUUUGAACCUAAAACUGAUCCUGUUUUGAUUACCACCCAACUCAGAAAUUCUAUCCCUGGAAAUAUGUUAAAUCAAUUCCAUGGACAAUCCAACAUUAGUGCACAUGAUGGAUUUUCAGGGGACGAUAAUUUACUUAAGAACAGAGUGAAUGGUUUUGAUGAAUAG